UUUAGUAUAAUACGACGUACGUUAAAAGAAACAUACCGGCGGUAACGAUGUAAAUAUGGUUGUUCCGCAAGGCUCGUCGCAUCCCGCCGUCGCUGCAGUGAUAACGAUGUCGAAUACGCCGCUGAAAUCGUUCACGAUUAAUUCGAUCUUGCCGGAAACCGCGCUAGACACGUGUAGUACCACGCCGGACGUGGACGGAAACGCGAGCAAACCGGAAGUUUCGUCGGAAGACGGCGACGCAAGUGAGUGCGAAUCUGAUUUGGACGUUACCGGUACCACCCCGCCACUGGAUUGUUCCGGCAAAGCGAACGACGAAGACGAGAAGGUGUCAGACGGAGAGAAGGAAAAAAAGCCCAAUGACAAACCCCCUUACAGCUAUAAUGCCCUUAUUAUGAUGGCGAUACGGAAUAGUCCCGAGAAACGACUAACAUUGAACGGAAUCUACGAAUAUAUUAUGAGAAAUUUUCCGUACUAUAGGGAAAAUAAGCAGGGUUGGCAAAAUUCGAUUAGGCACAACCUCAGUCUCAACAAAUGCUUUGUUAAGGUACCUAGGCAUUACGAUGACCCUGGCAAAGGUAACUACUGGAUGCUAGACCCAUCUGCCGAAGACGUAUUCAUUGGGGGCACUACGGGCAAACUGAGGCGAAGAUCUACGGCCGCUUCCAGAAGUCGUCUGGCAGCGUUCAAACGAUCACUGUCGGUCUACUCUCCUCUGCAACCUUGUUAUCCACCCUUUUACCCUCCGACGCCUGCCCUUCUGGCCGCUUAUUCGAGAUACAAUCCGUAUUUGCAUUCGCUACCACGAACGGCGUUGCCGGGUCAACCGAUGUUUCCUUUGGACAAAGUGCUAAGCGCGUCGGCGCCUGACUUAAGCAACAUGCCGCCGUUCUUUAGGCCGCCCACCGCCUUAUUGCAAAUGUACAAUAAUUUGAGGUUAGGAAGUCCUUUGCAAUACCCUUUGCAGUUGCCCUUCAUGAAUUUGAGUCAGCAAAAUCCAGCGUGUUCUUCGCCAACGGAUUCCGGACCUCCGCCACCACCGGUUGGCGAGGGCCUUCUGAAGCCAGUGACGGUGAUAACUAGGAACAAUUAACUAGGGGAUAGAAACGAGUGGCUGAAGUAAAUACGUAGUUGGACGCUGUAAAUAUUUUGUUAAUAAUGUACAAAAAGAUGUGGCUAGUAGAUAUUCGUGUACAUACAAGUCCGAUAUGAUUAAAGUUAUUUAUUACCAAUCGAUUGAACUUUUGGAUUUGUUACGUUACUCGAGUAAAAGUUUCUCUCGUAUCAAAUACGCAAAAAGAUCUAGAUUUGGACCGCUACGGUACAACGAAAACGUAUGUGUCCCAUUUGAGAUGUGUUUUUAUGAGGCACUCCGUUAUUAUUGAGAUGCCGGUUGUUUCUGUACUACUCUUUGCCACUUAAAAAAAUAAUAUAAUCAUAUUUCUAUAAGCACAUGUGUCAGCCACGAAGUAAAAUUAAAAAAUUGUCAAUUUUAAAAAUGAAAGUUAAUGUUUUGGCUAUAAUCUGCUAUAAGUCAAGCGCGAAAACCAAUUAUUUGUCGCAAAAGGAGGGGUUUUCAGUACAUAUCUGCAUUUCUCAGUUGGAUUUCCGUGCAAUAAGAGGCGAAAAAGAGAUCGAAAUCGGCAACUAUUUGACUCAGAAAGGGAGUUUUACGUCGAAAUCUAAUGGUUUAUUA